UUAAAAAUAAAUUAUUUCAAUAUAUGUCAAUAAAGUCCAUUGAACAUGUAUUUAAAGUACAUUUUUCGUCAACAGCGAUACUUUCGGAAAAAGUAGAUGUUGUUAUAUCAGGUGGAGGGAUGGUCGGUGCCUCAAUGGCUUGUGCUUUAGCCCAAAAUGAGAUGUAUCGAAAUAAAAAGGUUGUUUUACUUGAAGCUGCAUCAGAUAAAGGGGAAUUUAUUUUACCAGAAGCAUACAGUAACAGAACCUGUUCUUUGAGUCCAGCCACUGUCAAGUUAUUUGAAAGUUUAGGAGCAUGGGAUGAGAUAAAGAAUAUGAGGUAUCAGCCUGUGAAAAGAAUGCAGGUGUGGGAGUCAUGUUCUGAUGCCUUAAUAACCUUCAAUAAUGAAGAUUUAUGUGAUAAUUUAGCAUAUAUAGUGGAAAAUGAUGUUAUAUUAGGUGCUAUUAUGAAACGAUUAAAAGCAACUGGUGACAAUGUAGAUAUAAAGUUCAACACAAAAGCUACAAAUUACAGAUUUCCUGGUGAAAAAGAUGAGAAUGAUCAUAAAGAAUCAUUAGUUUCAUUAGAAUUAUCAAAUGGUCAAACUUUACAGACAAAUUUAUUAAUUGGAGCUGAUGGAUUUCAGUCAUCUAUUCGAAAAAAGGCAAAUUUUCAUACUAUUCAUACUGAUUAUAAACAAUGUGCUGUUGUGGCAACAUUACAGUUAGCCGAGACAUUUGAUAACACAGUAGCUUGGCAGAGAUUUUUAAAGACAGGACCUAUAGCAUUACUUCCGUUAGGUCCAAAUCUAAGUUCCAUGGUAUGGUCUACAACGGCAGAAAAUGCUAGAAAUUUAAAACAGAUACCUGAAGAUAGUUUUGUUGAUGCUGUCAAUGAUGCUUUGUGGCAUGAUAGAGAUAAAAAUCCUGUGGUGUCGUCAGUUUUCAACUCCUUUACUGACGCCUUAAACAAUAUUUUACCAGGUAGUCUUUUAUCGAAACAGUUACCACCAACAGUCAUAGGAGUGCAAGAAAAAAGUAGAGCUUCUUUUCCACUGUCUUUAACACAUUCAUCAAAUUAUGUCAAGUCUAGAGUUGCUUUAAUAGGUGAUGCUGCCCACCGAAUACAUCCACUUGCUGGCCAAGGUGUAAACCUAGGGUUUGGUGAUGUUGCUUGUUUAAAUGAAUUGUUGACAAAUUGUGCAAAGCAUGGAGGUGAUCCAGGAUCUCUUACCCAUUUGUUGGAUUAUGAAACAGAGAGACAAAGACAGAUCAUACCUGUUAUGGUUACAAUAGAUGGUUUACAAUGUUUAUAUUCUACAACCUUAACACCCAUAGUAUUAUUACGAAGUUUAGGAUUACAUACAGUUCAUUCUUUAGAUAUCAUCAAAAAUCAGAUCAUAAAACAAGCCUCUUCUUGAGACAGCAGUGCAUAACAAAUGUAUGAAUUUAAUUACUAGAAUAGUUGAGAAAGAAAGAAAUUCUUGUGAUAGUUGUAUUAAGAACCUAAGUAGGGUUUUGUAUAAAUGUAUAUAUUAUGGAGCAAAAGAAUUUAUCAAAUUUAA